AUGGCAAUUCCCACCACACUAUCGACACUACCUUCUCCUUCUUCAUGUCUCUCUUCAAAAUCACUUCAACCCAUUCAUCUUACUUUCCCUAAAACCACAAUUUCACUUUCAAAAUCCAAUUUUACCCCCUUUUCAAUUCAUCGUUCAAAUCCAAUCAAUCUCGCCUCAUCAAGAAAACCCAUCAGCUUCAUCUGCAGUAGUUCAUCCAUUGUGUCGACAAGCACUACCAAUUACGAGUUUUCAGAUGACUCACAAGAGGUAGAGCUGAGAUUAUUUCUUGGAGAUGAAAGCAUUCAGAGCUCGAAGGAUGUCAUUGUUGACACCCCUGAACACAGAAGAGCUACUCGAAACUUUUACUAA